AUGGCUGAUGCUGAACAACAGUUUUCCAGCACUACAUCGAUCGAAUCGUCAGAUUUAUCACUGUCGCCAGUAUCUCUUUUGGUUAAUUUGAUGGAUACGAUUCAUGCAACACCAUUGAUUGCUUUCGAGCUGUAUAGUGGUACUCCUUGGUGGCUGGUCAUUGUUGGAACAACUAUAUUUCUACGAACAAUGUGCACACUACCACUAGCUAUUCAAAACAAGCAAAGAACAGAUCGAUUACGAAAGCUACAACCUGUGUUGAUGGCUUGGGAAAGCACGCUAGGACUUCAGCUUAAACAUGGCCAUCGUACAGGUAAUUUGCAGCAAGAUAAGAACUACAAAAAAAUGGCAAGUCUCUUUGUCAUAUCUGGUAAAACGUACAAACAAAAAACAUCACAGCUUUACAAGGAGUAUCGAUGUAACCCAUUAUAUACAUUUAUUUUGCCAUGGGUUCAAAUUCCCUUGUUCAUCUCAAUGUCAUUCGCGCUUCGAUGGCUUGCCGCAUUUCCAGUGAUAUGGCUUGGAACGCCAAGCUCAUUUGCUGCCGGAAUGGAUGUCGAAGGCACGCUAUGGUUUGACGAUUUGACUGUGGCAGAUCCAACCAUGAUCACACCAAUUAUAAUUGGUACUAUGCAUUUGAUUAAUAUUGAGUUGAAUAGUACACUGCGCUCAAACCCCAAUACCCAAAGAACUUCUGGUCAGAUUGCCUUUCGGAUGUUUAUGCGAUCAUUUGCAAUACUAAUGAUUCCUAUUUCUGCCUAUGUACCAAUGGCCAUAACGCUAUAUUGGUUAGCAUCAGCAGUAUAUAGCAUGCUUCAGAAUAUUUCAUUUCUUGUAAUUGAAAAGCACCGAGUCAAGCUUUCUUUAAAGGAAAAAAUAGGCAUGCAGUCAGUUCAGGAACCUCGUGCUGUAUUACAAUCAAUGGACCAACCCACUUUACCAACCACCCCUGACAAGUCCUAUCGGAGCUUGUAA